UCACCCCUUUGGAAUGUUUUAACCUACAACCAGUGAAAGCAAAAUGGCGGAAGGACUCCUCAGCACCAGUAUCAUCAUAAAUAGCAACCUCUGAAAUCUGAACCUCAAGAUGCCGAAGAGAAAAGCAAAGAGAUUACAUCUGGGGGAUGCUGACCCUCCCCCAAAAAAGAAUGGGUCAGGCCCAAAAGUGUCGUCAACUGCAACAGGAGGGGAAGCUACCACUGUUGCAGCAGCAGAUGCCAUUGACUGGGUGAACAAGUUGUCCCUGGAGGUCCUGUGCCACAUCAUGGACUACUUGUACCUGCGUAACAUCAUGGCCCUGGAGAGCCUGUCCCGUAAGCUGAAGGAGGCUGUGACCAUGAACCUGCGUGUGCGCACGUCUAUAGACUUCACAGAGGGCAAGUGGUAUGGAUGGAUGCCCAACGGCUUCACUGACGAGGGCUUCAAGAGACUUCUGCAACGCUGCCCAGAGCUUGUGAGCGUCUACGGCCUCCAUCCACAGUUUGUGGUGAAGCGACGGAGGCGAGGCAUUGACUACUUCAGCGUCCCCGGCAUCAUUGAAGCCCUGCAGUCCUGUCCCAACCUGUUCGGCGUGGAAACCAGCAACCUGGACAUCCUGGAGGCCAUAGUGACAUACCUGCCCCACGUGUACCUACUGGGGCAAUUCAAGAACCGUAACGGUUACUUCCCCAUCUCGGUCGAAAACCGAGUGAACCUCCCAGCCAGCUGUAGAGUCACAUCUCUGUACUUAACCGGUGUUGUCACCCCAGACUUACCCGCCAUAGACCUUUUACGCCAUCUGUACCUGAAGUGGGUUAAGUUCACGAGUGCGAAUCCUUUCCGUGACUUCCAGUGUCCGAAUCUUCGCACCUUUGUGAUGAGGAGUUGCGCUGGGCCGUCAAACGCUUUAAAGUAUGUCCCGCUGAUGACGGGACUAUCUGGGUCCAGGUACCUGGAGCGGAUUGAGCUGGUUCGUGUCCCCUUUCUCGGUGGACUGAUCCAACACGUGGUGGAGGACAGCUGGCGGACUCGUGGGUAUCGCAAUCUGACCAAGAUUGUCUUCGGAGCAUGCAAGAAUGCUCUAGAGGUGGAUCUGGGAUUCUUGGUGAUCACAGCAGCAAACCACCUUCAAGAGUUGGGCAUCCAGCCAUCUUUAACCAAAGACAGCGUGUUUGCAGCCCUGAAGAUGGCAGAUGUGGACUUCCCACAGUUUGACACACUGAAUCUUGGCUUCAUAGACGAGUUCCCUGAAGCUGGUAAGUGGACCAAUGCACAGUUGGUUCAGCACGGACUUGCUGACGUGACAGAGAACCCAUCAAACAUCACAGACAAUGGGAUGCGGUCUGUUGGCCAGGUGUUCCCAGGUGUCAAGUACCUGUCCAUGUACAACGCUCCUCACCUGCACAACCCACACACCUGGCAUGUACCUGCCCUGGUGACGUGGUCUCGUCUGAAGGACCUGACCAUCCGCCGCUGCCACGCCAUCAAACUGGACAGCUUCUGCCAGCUGAUCACCCUCCUGCCCACCAUCGAGUACAUCCACCUGGAGGAGAUGUUCCGAGAACCGCCCAAGGGAUGCCUGCGCGUCGGGCUGAGCGCUGGAACCGGGAUCGGGGUGUCCUCCGCCCUGGUGACCAACACCGGAACUGCAGGCAGUAGUGGGAAUAAUAGCACCCAAGCUGCCACUGUUGGACACAGCCAUGAUGAUGAUGAUGAUUCCACCUCCAGCGACUCAGAUAGUGACAUGGAUGUCAGCCAAGGUGAGACAUUCUCGGAUCAACCAAGUACCAGCAGUGUCGACUCAAGGAAGGGAGGCAAGUCCGAUGGCCACUCAGUCGGCCCCAAGGGGAAAGGUUUCGCCAAGAAGGUUCCUAAGGAAGAGGCAGAAGACAUCGUCAGGCCCGGCAUGACCAGCCAGUCUUGUCAGGCCACCAGUGACGAAAUCAAGGAAGAUGUAAAAGUAGCAACUGCAGCAGAGAAGGCACAGGCAGCCGAGAAAAAACUGGCGGAGCAGGGAAGUACGCAAACUCCCGCAGCUGAGUCUCCAACAUCUGACGACAGUGACUCCAGUUCAAGUUCAGAUGAAGAAGAUGAACAUGAUGCAAGCAGGCAAGUUCAAAAUAGCACAGAACAACCUGCUGCAGGUCAGAAUAACAGUAGCCAAUCACAGGGAGGAACCUCUGUCCAAUCAGAACCUCAGCAGGAACCAGCUAACCAAUCAGGAGAGGGAUCAUCCCAGCAAGCUGACCAACCACCUGUUGCACAAAAUGGACUUGACCAAUCAGAAGAGAGGUUGUCACAACAACCUUCUUGUUCCUCAAGCAGCCACAAUGAGAGUCAAGAGACACAAAAUCAAGAGGCCACAGUACAAGAAAAUGGUGCUACUUCCACAAAUGGCCAGAUGAAUGGUGAAUUAGGAGAGGAUAAUGAUUUACAACAGGCUGUGAACUCAGAACCUGUGGCAGGCCCUUCCUCGUGUGAUGUGACUAUCAAUGAGGGAAGAGAGUCUCCCAGGUGUGUGUGUGGUCGUAGUCUAAACAGGAGGCCACCACAGGACGGUGCAGGACCAAGCAAUAGUGCAGAAACCAACUCUAGAGGGCCAAGUACAAGUCAGCAAAAUGGAGAAAGUACAAACAGUAGGACUGGUCUUUGUGGCAACACGCACCCUGAAAAUAGAGGUAGUGUAACUUGCAAUGGAAAUGUUGCAAAUGGUGACGUUGUUGCACCCAGAACUAACAAUGGUAAUGUCGGUGAAAAUGAACCUGGCUCUCCUGAUGACAACAGAAAUGUUGACCCGAGCAGGGAUGUUACUGAUGUACCCAGUGGAUCUAACAGUGCACAGGAGCCAAGUGGUACAUCACAAGAGGAGACUACAGAAGACAAACCCACAGCAAGCACAACUGCACAACAACCUGCUGACAGGAGCUCUGCACCAGCUACCAAACCUGCAGAGAAAGUCAUAACUGGGAGGACAAAGAAAGAACUGGACGAGUUACGUGGAGCGGACCCCAGGUACCACCGGCCCGUCACGCGGUCCCAGAGCGGACCAGGCUCCAGUGGUACCACCAGUGACCAGCAGAAGACCACGGUCCUGAGGAGGGUGGGGACCAGGGACGUGGCCACCAGUACCAGCGACCCUGUCAUUGAGGAUGACUACCCUCAGGUCCUGACUGUUCAGUCGUCCACUCUGCUGAGCCUGUCCUUACACAUGGUGGGGGUGACAAACAUUGUAGUGAAGGACUGUCCCAAACUCACCUUCAUCUCAGGAACUUCCUGUCGGGUGCUGAAGAAGCUGCAGCUGGACAAGUGUCCACGGCUGAACAGGGUCAGUUUCCAGCAGUGCCGUAAGGUGGACGUGAAGAACGUAGUCCAGCAGGUGUGCUCACUGCCGGCCGAGAGGAACAGGAUGGUCACCCUCAGGCCCAUGCACAAGGUUGACCCCGGCAUGUUGGAACAGAAGCUGUUCUCUGGUUGCUAUGACUACCACCUGUGUUUGUUGUGGGACCACAGUAACCCCCCCUCCAUCGUCAACAAGACUCGAGCACACUCAUGGAUGGAUCUGGUCUCAAACAUCAACCAGGAACUUUUGAAAAAUGGAGACUUCCAGGAGGCAGAACCCCCACAACCCGGACAGUUCCACUGCUACCCAUGGGGGAGGGACAUUUAUAAGGUUGAUGGUCCCCUGGAUCAUGGUAGAUUUGAGAUGACCUCAGACUUCCCGUGGCUGAAGGCCCUCAUGGAGGCCGAGCCCAACAAGUGGGCCAAACCACCUCCGGACAACGUGGACACAAAGGAAGGUGUAUACUACCCCAGGGUGAAAGGUCAUCUGUCCACAGAGCUGUGCCUGGAGUCACUGGAGGACACGAUCUCAGCAUGUAAACAGAAGGGACUGCGCCUGUUCAAACAUGUCGUUCUCGUGUACAUUCAGACAUGUGACGUGGACAACCAAGUCGUACCAGACAGAUAUGUAUGAGAGGAUGUCUAUAUGCAAAAAGAAGGGAACACAUCUGUACAAGAACAUUGCUUUCAUGUACAUACAGAUUCCAUGUGGAUUCCAGAUGGCUAUGUGUUGCUGUAUCAAUGUGUAAAUAGAGGGGGCUGCCUGUGUAUAUAAAUGAUAUGGAUAUGGAUGGCCAGAUAGUUCUGGAAAGAUACAUUUUACAUGCGAUGCCAGACUGUCACCAAGCAAUAUCCUCAGCACAAUAAACCUACCUUCUUCCCAUUUGUUGCAAUGGACUCAACAAGGACAUUUUAGAGAUAAUUAAAAUACUUUAGGUGUUAAGCUCAAAGAGGAGUAAAACAUAUUUAUUUUGUUUAGCAGAUUUUGCGUUGUCAGAAAUGAGAAAAUUUGAGAGUGAAAAUGUGUCAUUUUAAAGAAGGACAUUAAUGCUGUUGUUUCCAUUGCCUUAGCUUUGACCAAUCUUGUUAGAAUAUUUGGAAGGUCAAAAUAGCAGUAGUUAUGUUGUACAUUGUAUGACAUUGUGCUGAAAAAUUGACGAUGUCUGUUUUCAGUAAAUAUCAAGAGACGAUGACGUAAUUUUGACUUGAAGUCAUUAAUUUAAGUUUUAAAGAGCAGAAGUUUGCACAGAAUCAUGUCAACACUCGUAAUUUGCUUCCCAAUGAGAUUACAAUAUUCCUUUUUUUUUAAUUUGUAUAUGCAGAUUGCUCAAUUG